AUGUCUCGUCCACUAGUAGUCGACGUUCACACCCAUGUGUACCCUCCAUCGUACAUGGCGAUGCUCCGUGCUCGCAAAACAGUCCCCUACGUCCACGAUCCUGCAAGUGGAGAACCACGCUUGAUCAUCCUCUCAUCAGAUGAUGACCCAUCAAUUCCAAUCGACGAGCGUGGCCGUCCCGUCGACACCUCCUACUCCGACAUCAAUGUCAAGAUCAGCUUCAUGCAACAGCACGGCAUUGACUGCAGCGUGAUCUCACUCGCCAAUCCUUGGCUGGACUUCCUCGAGCCCGCCGAAGCCCAGCAAUGGGCUGAGCGCAUUAACGAUGAUCUAGAGGAAACCUGUGCUCAGAACAAUAAGCCCACCGACGGUCUUCCUCUGAAGGGCAGGUCGACGUUGUUUGCAUUUGCGACUUUGCCGCUGAGCGCACCCAGCCCUGAUAUCAUCGUUAACGAGAUCAAGCGACUCAAGACCCUGCCCCACAUCCGUGGCGUGAUUAUGGGCACCUCGGGACUGGGCAAUGGUCUCGAUGAUGAGAAGCUCGGUCCUGUUUGGGCGGCUCUGGAGGAAACGCAACUCCUUCUCUUCUUGCACCCUCACUACGGUCUGCCGGAUGAGGCUUUUGGUGGUCCUGAAGUAACGAAGCGCUAUGGUCAUGUUCUUCCUCUUGCUCUGGGUUUCCCGCUUGAGACUACCAUUGCCGUGACUCGCAUGCUGCUGUCCCGUGUUUUCGAUAAGUUCCCGGGACUGCAGAUCUUGCUGGCGCAUUCGGGUGGCACUUUGCCUUUCUUGGCGGGACGCAUUGAGAGUUGUAUUUUGCAUGAACGGAAGUUUGUCGAGCAUGGUGGGGAUGUUCCUGGACCGCAGAGGAGUGUUUGGGAGGUUCUGAAGACGAAUAUCUUCCUUGACGCUGUCGUUUAUGGAGAGGCUGGACUUAAGGCUGCUGUUGCUGCUGGUGGAGGUACUGACCGUCUGAUGUUUGGUACUGAUCACCCGUUCUUCCCGCCUCUGAAUGAGGGCGAAAAGGAAUGGAUCAGCGUUACGACCAACUAUAAGGCUAUUGAUGAAACUUUCGAGGGUGAGAAAGAGGCCGUGGCUGCCAUUUUGGGUGGCAAUGCUGCUCGUGUUCUGAAGCUGGAAUAA